UAGCAGUUCUUAAAGAGACAGCACAGGCACGUGAAUUAUAAUGGAAACUAAAGGAAAGGCAUUUACGCAUGCCGCCCGGACACGACCGGGACGGGUAUGUGGGACUCACGGGGCAGAAGGCCACCGUCCUACCCACUAAAACCUCCUCGUUUCCUUCUCGCCGCAUGGUGGCGGGGUUACGGGAACGCGUUAGCUCACCACCGCGACCCCGCCUGCGGACGUCGCUUUGGGAACUGAAAUGCCUCACUGUUCAAGAAAAAUUUUACCAGCUCGCUCUCAAGGUGUAAACUCAUCUCAUACACGCAUAACAUGUCCUAGCCGAAAUGUGUGUUUUGCCGAACCUAGCACAUCACGUACCACUGCAAAUAAACAAUCGGUGCUAAAUGAUGAUCCAGAUAUUGAAAUCCCUGUCCGAGGAAAUUGGUGGAGUUAUCGGGGUGAGAAUUCCAGAGAUGUAAUGGAUGUUUUAGAAAAAAGAGACAUUCCUGAUGCAUAUAAUGUAGCAGAUGAAUUCGAUGUUGAAAGUUUGAGGUCAGAAUCGAUUAUUUACUCUGUAGAUUCACUAGACGGCAGUGAUGGGGAAUCUAUAAAAAGUAUAGUUAAUCCACAGAGAAAACCUUUUACACAAAAAGAAAAUCAAGAUCAAAAGAAAUUAGGACACAUAAUUGGUAACAGAGGAGCAUUAGCAAAGCCUCAUCGUCAUCGAAGUGGUAUUAAACGAAAAAAUAUCUUUGCUGACUAUAUUGAAUCCGAAAGUGAAGAUGAAAUUCCAGACAUACAACCAAAAGUGUUUAGAUUUCAAAAGAACAUGGGACAAAAACGCCGUAAAAGAUCUGCCUGGCCAGAGAAAGUUUAUUCUUCAAUAUCAAGUAUCGAUCUUCAAAUGGAUGAUUGCAAUUUGCGUUCAUCUUCGUCAAUGGUCGAAAAUCAGCUCGAAGAAGCUGCUACAACACCUGUAAAGCGAGCAAAAUUAAGGCAAUUGCCUGAGGCAAACAAGUCAGAAACUGCUAAUGCCAAUAGUACAGUAAAUAAAACUAAACAAUCAAAAAAGUCAAUAAUUUCAAAAAAACCAUCAAAAUCUAUAUUGAAAGAAUGUAAUAAAGAAUUGAAUAUAUUUAAUCAAGCUUCUAGACCGCGAACAAAGCCUACCUUUCUAGGUGCUUUACAAAAAAUAUCAAAAACAGAUAAUAAAACUAAAGAAAUGCCAACAGCAUAUGUAAACAGGAAAUUUGGUCUUCGAACAGUUAUUAAACGAAAAAGUAUGUUUGCUGACUAUAUUGAAUCCGAAAGGGAAGAUGAAAUUCCAGACAUACGACCAAAAGUGUUUAGAUUUCAAAAGAACAUGGGACAAAAACGCCGUAAAAGGUCUGCCUGGCCAGAGAAAGUUUAUUCUUCAACAUCAAGUAUCGAUCUUCAAAUGGAUGACUGCAAACAGCUUCCAGUUUCGUCUAUGGUCGAAAAUCAGCUCGAAGAAGCUGCUACAACACCUGUAAAGCGAGCAAAAUUAAGGCAAUUGCCUGAGGCAAAGAAGUUAGAAACUGCUAAUGCCAAUAGUACAGUAAAUAAAACUAAACAAUCAAAAAAGUCAAUAAUGUCAACAAAACCAUCAAAAUCUAAAUUAAAAGAAGGUAAUAAAACUAAUGAAAUGCCAACAGCAAAUAUAAACAGGAAUUUUGGUCAUCGACCUGGUAUUAAACGAAAAAAUCUGUUUGCUGACUCUUUUGUAUCCGAAAGUGAAGAUGAAAUUUCAAACAUACAACCAAAAGUGUUUGGAUUUCAAAAGAACAUGGGACAAAAACGCCGCAAAAGGUCUGCCUCACUAGUGGAAGUUUAUUUUUCAACAUCGAGUAUCGAUCUUCAAAUGGAUGACUGCAAACAGCUUCCAUUUUCGUCAAUGAUCGAAAAUCAGCUUGAUGAAACUGGUACAACACCAGUAAAGCGAGUAAAAUUAAAUCAAUUGUCAGAAAAUAGUUCAAAAUCUAAAUUUAACCAAGAUGAACAAAAUGAAAAAACUAUAGAUGUCGUAGAGACUAUUAUAACUGUUUGUGGUGAGGAAAGUGAUAGUGAUCAAUCUGAACUUGAAGAAUCCAGAGAGGCUGAGGAAGAGAUACGGACUAAUCAAUUUCUUAACUCAAAGAGUACUGUUCAUGAAGAGUCCGUAGUCGCCGAAGGAGAGGAACGGAUUGAUCAAAGUCUUAAUGAUAAGCAAAAUGAAGCGAUGAAUCUGAUGAUGUGGAAUGCAUAGAAACCAAAGAAGAGGUAGAGAUUAAUCAAAGUAUUAACAAUGAGCAAAAUAAAAGCUAUGAAACCGAAGAUGAAGUUAGCGAAAGUGAUCAUAGUAGUUCUGAUGACCAAGAGAAUAGUGAUAGUGAAGUUAAUCAAAAUGAAACUGAAGAUCAAAAUAUUGAUGAAAUUGAUGAAGAAGAAAGUGAAAACCAAGAAGUAAGUGACAAUGCAGAAUCAGAUGAUAAUCAACAAAAUGAAAGUAAUUUAUCUCAGAGUAGACGGACCACCUUACAAUUAUAUUUACAAAAUAUAAAGGAAGAAAAUAUGAUACCGAUACCGGAAAGGUCCAUGAUAAAAGCCCAAAAUAAGCCAAAACCAUCAUGGUCUACACAAAGAUACAUUUUCUUCGCUCGUGUUCGCGCAAAACGGCUUGUUAAAUUAUUGCAAGCGUUUAUAUGCGAGGUCCGACGCCGUCCGCCGAGCCAACAAGCUGUGGACAGCGUCAAGAGGGAGUUGGCGCGCCAUAAAAUUAUUAAAACACACUGAGUUUUAUAAAUUAAUAAGGAACUUCAUGCCAAGCGAAAUAUGCAUAAGGGUUAUUCCAGAUUUGGUUAACAAAAUACCCUUGCCGAAGAAUGGAAUCUUCUCUGACAUUAUGCA